GUCGACUUUGACAUAUCAAGUGAUUUUUCAAGCCACAAAGACGAAAAACUUCCCUUUAAAAUUGUAAUUUCCUACCAAGAUCGACAUUUUACGAGAAUAGUUUUCUUGGAGUGUCUGCCCGCAAGUGAAAUUUGUUUAAUCUAAUUAGAGAAGCUACUUUAACAGCGAUUGGAGUGGCUUUCGAGAUUUCUUUGUUAGUGUGUAAAUAAAAAAGAAGCAGAAGAAGAACAAAAAAAGAAGACGAGACGAAAUGGCAGCCUUACCACGUCGUAUCAUCAAAGAGACACAAAGAUUGUUGCAAGAGCCAGUUCCGGGUAUCAUUGCGGUGCCAGAUGAGGCAAAUGCUCGUUAUUUUCACGUCAUUGUGAGCGGACCCACAGAUUCUCCGUUUGAAGGGGGUUCCUUCAAGUUGGAGCUUUUCCUGCCCGAAGACUAUCCGAUGUCGGCACCCAAAGUGCGCUUCAUGACGAAAAUCUAUCAUCCAAAUAUCGAUCGUUUGGGUCGCAUCUGUCUGGAUAUUCUCAAGGACAAAUGGAGUCCCGCCCUGCAAAUUCGCACGGUUUUGUUGUCCAUACAGGCGCUACUGAGUGCUCCCAACCCAGAUGAUCCGCUCGCCAACGAUGUCGCCGAAUUGUGGAAAGUAAACGAGGCUGAGGCAAUUAGAAAUGCUAAAGAAUGGACUGAGCGAUACGCACUUGCUGAUUAAUUU